AUGGCAAGAGCAAGGACCAAACAUGAACUAAUACCUAAUGAGAGCAAGAGAAAUGAAACAUUUGAAAAAAAGACAGACGGUUUGGUCAAGAAAGAAAAUGAACUAUCCACCCUUUGUGGAGUCGAGGUUGCAAUAAUAAUCCACAAACAACGACAUCAUCGUUACGAUUUAGGAGAAGACAACGCAAUGUUGUGGCCAUCCCCUCCGAUUUUUAGAGAUAGGCUGCAUAAAUUUCUCGAUUGUUCAGAUUUCAAGAAAAGAAGAAGAAUGGUUAAGCACGAGAAAUUCAUGGAGCAAAUAACGAAAAAGGAGAGAGAAAAUGUAUCGAAAUGGGAAAGGAGAUGCGAACUCCAAGAAUCUCGGCAAUUGAUGAACGAACUAAGGGAACAAGAUCACAUGGACGAUUAUUUCAACGAAGUUGAAUUGUAUCACUUGAAUGGAUUGAACUCACUUGUAGAGAACAUGCUAACAAAGCUUGAAACAACAUCGAUGAAUGUGCUUGAGAAUUUGAGACACGACGAAUGGUUCCUUGGUGCCAUGUCGGAAGAUCCACCUCCACCUCCGUCUGAUGCUGGUGGUAGCGUGAAUAUGCCGAAUCUCUAA